ACACAUAUAAUAUUCAUAUUAAUAUUUGCGAAAAGCCAAUCAUAAAAUACAUGCUUUUUUCACACUGGGGAAGGAGAUGCAGCCAUCCCAAAGGAAGGAUCUUGCUGAAUUGUAUCAAAUACAGUUUCUCUCUUGCCGUGAGAGCUCACGGGAAUUCCGGCAGGGUCCUGGAAACUUGAGGAUUUCAGGACUGGUGAAACUGGAGCAUUAACUAUCCCUGCAUGUAAGCCUGUAAAAUCCUGAUAGAGCAGCAUGGCCAUUGCAGAGGUUAUUGGAAACUGAGUGCAGCAAGGGGGGAAGCUUCACAUACCACUUUGCCACGUUUAAUUUGAUGUCAAAUUGGUUGUUUAGCUUUCCCCUGCAAGAGACUCCACCUCCUUUCAAAGUCCCCUUAAAACCUGUUGAGAUUUUAUCCCAGUGCAACUCCUGCCUUGUGCUGAAUAGUUGCACAGGGAAAGAACAGCAAAGAUCCUCAGUCCCACUGCAGGGGAUUCAGACACCUAAAACUGCUGCCCUGACAAAGAGUUUCUGCUUGGAUUGAAGUGGGUUUUGGAUUCCGUUUAUGUUCUCUUGUCCCUAAAAUUAAUUCAAAGGAAGAUAUCGCUUGCUGCUGGCCUGGAAAACAUCUUCCUUUCCCUUUUUUUCCUUCCUUUUUUAGAGGAAAAAAGAAACUUGAAGAAGAGAGUUGUUCUUCAGCUUUUUGCUCUUCAGGCAUAGGUUAAAAUGCCAGGGAAGAAGGAGGAGGCCCUUGGCAUGGUACAUCUCCUCCUGGAACUGCACUGCAUCACUCGGAACACAGGAGGAAAGGACACGAGACAGCUCAUCCCCAUGUCCUUUUAACAGCACUUGCCUAAAUGCAUGGAAAUUCAUACAGCAGCAUCCACGGCAAGGAAAUGAGCAGAUGCCAGGAGAUUUUCUUUCCCACUCACAAGAAGUGAAAAGCCAUGGGCGUGUUUUCUGUUUUUAACGCCAGCAACGUUUCGCAGGCCGGCUCCCUGGAGAAUGGCAGCAACUGGACAGCAGCAACCCAGUUCAGCCAGCCAGGCUGGAGGAUUGCUCUGUGGGCCAUCACCUACUCCUUCAUCGUCGUCACAUCCAUCCUGGGCAACGCCACCAUCAUCUGGAUUAUCCUGGCUCACAGGAGGAUGAGGACGGCCACCAAUUACUUCAUCGUCAACUUGGCCCUCUCAGACCUGCUGAUGUCUGCCUUCAACACCAUCUUCAACUUUAUCUAUGCCAGCCACAACGUCUGGUACUUUGGUGAGGAGUUCUGCAGGUUUCAGAACUGGUUCCCCAUCACUGCAGUGUUUGUGAGCAUUUACUCCAUGACAGCUGUGGCUGCAGAGAGGUACGUGGCCAUCAUCCACCCCUUCAAGCCCAGGCUGUCUGCUGGGAGCACCAGGGUCAUCAUUGGCAUCAUCUGGCUGGUGGCAUUCGGGCUGGCCUUCCCCCAGUGCUUCUAUGCUGAGAUCACCAUGGACAAUGGCACCAUGAAGUGCAUCGUGGUCUGGCCUGAUGACGUGGGAUCCAAGCACCAGCUGGCGUACCACAUCGCCGUGAUUGUGCUGAUCUAUUUACUGCCUCUGAUGGUGAUGUUUGUGGCAUACAGCAUUAUAGGAGUCACUCUGUGGAGCAGCACAGCUCCAGGCAGCCACCUGAACAGAGUCCACUAUGAGCACCAAGUCAAUGCCAAAAAAAAGUUUGUGAAGACCAUGGUGGUAGUGGUGAUCAUUUUUGCUGUCUGCUGGCUGCCCUAUCACAUCUACUUCAUCCUGGGCAGCUUCAAGGAAGACAUCUACCAGCAGAAGUACAUCCAGCAGGUGUAUCUGGCAGUCUUCCUCCUUGCCAUGAGCUCCACAAUGUACAACCCCAUCAUCUACUGCUGCCUGAACCAGAGGUUUCGCUCUGGAUUCAAGCUGGCCUUCCGCUGGUGUCCCUGCAUAAAAGCAACUGAGAAAGACAAACUUAAACUCAUGUCCCCAUCUCUCUACCAGACAACCCUCAGGAAGUCAAGAACGAGUUUCAACACAGAAACUCAACUGAAUGAGAAAGAGAAGACAUCCUUUACCCUCACCCAGUUGACACUCUGAUUUCCUGCUCCUAGUUCUGGCUCCAUCCCAUACACCAAGCAAGGCAGUAGAUCUGAAGAAGCUCUUUUUCUCUGGAGCAGCUAUUUCCUACAGGACUUCUUUAGAUGCCAUCAGCAUUGAAGGCAGUGUGUUGAUAACACUCCUAUCCAUGUAGGUCCAAGCUGCAGGUACAAGUUUAGCCCUCCCUUACAUCAACAACUGCAAUACAGAACAGACAUCGGGCCCAGGAGGCCAGAAACUCAGCAAAGCAGAUCUGAGGCAGUGCCAAUCAGAAGAAUAUAAAUUCUUCUCUUCUACAUUGUGAUCUCCUGAUUUCUGUUCCACCAGGAGAAACUGAAGUAGGAAAGGGGUGAUGGAGCAGAAAGGCUGGGGCUCCUGUGGCCCAGCUGGGAUGGACCCAGGGCUGUGUGGGCAGCCAAGUGCCAGGGCUCACCAGCCCCAAGGCACUGUGUACCAAAGCCUGUUUACGACAGAGCCAAACACCAACACAUCCAGACUGAAAAAUCCAGCCUGCCCUCAACAUUUUCUGCAUUCUGGGAUUUUCAUGCCAGCAGUUUCACCAGCAGAAACAGUUCCUUAAGAUGUUGUCAGUGCACGGAUUUCUAUAACCUUGCCCCAAAAUAUGAUGUUGGUUUCCUAUUAAACCAUGCUCAAGUGAUUUCUCCUUCACAUUAAUUGUGGUGCCUAAUUUGAAGAGUGAGGCUCCCUCAGAAGAGUCAGUAGCCAGGGAUGGCCAGUGGCUUGGUCAGGGCUCAUGGAUCCACUCAGAAUCCACCUUGUUUACAUCCUUUUAGCCCUAACAGCAGUGCUCCAUCGCUGUCUUGUCCCAGACAGUCCUUCACCUUCCCUUUCCAGACUUACCCCAUAUUUAUCCUCACUGCUCUUCCCAGGUAUGAAAAUAAAAGCUGGAAUAUGUCAUCUUCCCAGCCUGAGGCAUUAUGUGCAGGCACACAAACCAGGAGAAGCUGAAAUAUAAACAUUAUGUAAAAGUAAUGCAGCAUUUAAUAAUGAUGUGGUAAGUUAGCACCUUCACCUCUCAUGACAGGUUUGUAAAUAAUAUCACAGAGCCAUACCUUAUCAAUUAAAGAGCUCCUGUGAUGUUGACAAGAUCCAGUUAUUUGAAAUAUUCUCCUUUGCUCUGUGAAAGCCAAACUUGAGAGCCCUUGUCACACAGCAGGCCAUGUUAUUCCUGUGAUAUGUGAAGCAUGCCCCAUGGUAAAUCCAUGUAAUUCUCCAUUAAUAAAUACAGACAGGGUUAAAUACCACACAGCUGUAAAGACAUCCAGGUCAGCAAUAAUUCCCUCCCCUGCAUGUUCACUUGUGCUCUGAGGAGCAAGGCAGUCCUUGCAGUCAGUAAAGAAAAACACUUGAAGAAUCUCAUUUUUAUGGCAAAGGGGGAAUGAACAAAAAGCACAGAACGGGGUUCAGAAGUUCAGAAACACUUUAUUUUGCCUUCUGCUAUUUUCUUAAGAAAACAAAACAAAACAAGGUCUGCUUGUUUUAAAACUCAUUCAAAAGGCUUCUGAGAGAACCCCAGAGGAGUAAGGAGCAGAUGACAUUACAACAGUGGUAUGCAAAUGGUCUUUUCCCCAGGAAAUAUAAGAUUUUUGUGUUCAUAUUGCAGUAAUUACAGCUUAACAGUUAAGAGGACUGUGAUUUUAUUCACCAAGCCUAAAAGCUUUAAGAAAGACAUCUCAGUCAUUGAUUGUAUAACAUUGGAGACAUUUCUUCAGACAGUCAUAGCUUGUGAUUCACUUGGAACAGUUUCCUAGGGGUAAGAAGUAGUCUGGAAAUGGAAAUCCCACCAUGUCUCCCUUUGGAAAAGAACUGCCGUGUCUUACCAAGCACAUCAACUAUGGUCCACGGUAGGAAAAGUUAGAAACACAAACUCACUCCCUAUUUGUUAUGAGCUGGAUCCAAUAAACAAAACGACCUAUGCCAGCAUCUCCAAAAUCCACAGUCACCCUGAGACCAAGUUUAAGUUCCACUUCUCCCUCACCCUGUAUCCUGCUCUGAGCCUGGCCCUCGGGUGCCAAAGAGCUGCAGAGCCAGGUCCCAGGCACGGCUCACACCACCCCUACAGCACUGCCGGCGGCAGGCACAAGAUCUGCAAACCUCCAAGCAAUUCAAAUGCAACGUGUCCCCUGCGCCCAAAAACCUUUCUCACCUUCUUCUGUCUCCUGUUUGGGGUCAUAGCUGCACAUCAAGGCUGUCAGAGACUAUUCAGGCUGUAACAUAAAACGCGUUAUUGGAGAAGCACAGCUUUAGUGUACGCAAAAGGGGCUUUCAUCCAGCACAGCUCCAUCACCGGCUGUGCCAGCCAGGGCUGCAGAGCACCUGACAGCGGUGCUGAGCCAGCAUUAACGCUACACACACAGGGAGCUCACAGCCUGGUGACACCACACCGCCCUCAAGGCAGCACCCCAAGGCUUUCCUGCAGCACACAUCCCCCUGCACAAGGCAGGGGCACCCAGGGGCCCCUAAGAUUUGGGCGCUGUCAGCGCUGUGCCUCUGCUGAACUACGCUAGGAAACACGAGGCACGGGGACCUGUGUGAAUCUGACCCCGAAUGCCCGGGAAUAAAAACACACACACAAAACACAGGCACCACUGGGAUUAGGUUGCAGCUCUCCCUACACAAUAGCUCUUCCCAAAGCACUAAGCCACCAGCCAACAGCACCUCUUCCAGAAAGAACCACUAAACACCAGUUAACGCACAUCAAAAAAGUUUAAUAUUUUCACAAGUAUCACGUAACACUAGUACCAGAGCUACUAGUGUGCAAAGUAAAAAGACCCUCUACCUUUGCAAAACCAGUUAGGCAUGCAAUUUUUCAGGUAGACACACACUUAAAGCUGCAAUGACUGUUUGUGACUUACAGGUUACUUUACAACAUUCACUCACAGUGCACCAUAAUGCAUAUUGAAAUGUUAUCGAUAGGUAGGGGCAAUCCAAAUCUUAGGGAGUGGAA